UCCAACGUCAUGGGAAGGUUUUGUAUUAGCCUACAUCUAAACUGUAGUUUGUUGAUCAAAUAAGCCAUCAUAUCUCCUAUAGUAGAAUUUCAAAAAAGUUGUAAUGUAUGGUCUACUUUCCUCUUAAAUGUUAAUUUCAUUAUUAUGCCUCUAGAGGGAGUCCUUAGGAAAAUCGAUAGGAGGGGCUAUUUUUGUAGGCUACACAACAUUGGCGGACAGCUGUUACAACGAACAGGGGAUAGCACUGUCCGUUAACACGGGAGCACAAACUGGUCCAUUCCAAAAAAAAAGCGAAAUUCUUGUAUUUCGGACAGACUAUACAAAUGAAAAAUGAAAUAAAUGUUUGGGCAAUGGAAUGUUAAGACCUCUAUUUAGUUGUUUUCAUUAGAAUAUAACUGCGCUACAGACCAUCGUACGGGUCCACCUCAAGUGCUACAGACCAAGGAUUUGAUAACGGCCGGGGUCCAGGCGAGAGGAGACUGCGUGAACCAGCCCCAGGGAGGCAGACAGAGUACCCAGGGCUGGAUGUGCUCGGCCUUACCCUCCCCAGCGGCCCGCCAUGGGGGAGACCAAAAUUAUUUAUCACCUCGACGACCAGGAAACUCCUUACCUGGUCAAGUUGCCCAUCGCUGCUGACAGGGUUACUCUUGCGGACUUCAAACAUGUCCUCAAUAAGCCAAACUAUAAAUUUUUCUUCAAAUCUAUGGACGAUGAUUUCGGGGUUGUGAAAGAGGAGAUCUCUGAUGACAACUCCAAACUCCCCUGUUUCAAUGGCAGAGUGGUAUCUUGGCUGGUGUCUGCAGACGGCUGUCACUCAGACGGGGGCUCCGUGUGUGCAGACAGCCAGCCGGACCUACCGCCCCCCCUGAGAACUGGCGGUAUCGGGGAUUCAAGACCCCCCUCUUUCCAUGCAAAAUGCUGCUGGCAGUUCAGGAUAACCUGGACGAACGAGACUGAGACAGAGUCUGUCUCUAAGCAACGAGAGCGAGAGAAGGAGCGGGAGAGAGAGAGGGAUAGACCUCGAAGGAAAGACCCUCUCGACCAUGGUGGGAGGUUGAAUGGUCACUCCCGGCCCGAGCGAAGGCCAGAGUUAGCAGGGUAUGACAGCUCGUCCACCCUCAAGAGCAGCGAGCUGGAUACCACCAGUUUCUUUGACUCUGAGGACGAUGACUCGGCAAGCCGGUUCAGCGGUUCCACAGAGCAGAGCUCAUCGUCCAGACUCAUGAGACGGCAUCGCCGUCGCCGACGGAAACCCAAAGCACCGCGGAUGGAGAGGGUAAACACGUUCAGCAGCAUCACAGACUCCACCAUGUCCUUGAACAUCAUCACUGUCACUUUAAACAUGGAGAAGUACAACUUCCUGGGCAUCAGCAUUGUGGGCCAGAGCAAUGAGCGGGGCGACGGGGGCAUCUACAUCGGCUCCAUCAUGAAGGGCGGGGCCGUGGCGGCGGACGGACGCAUCGAGCCUGGUGAUAUGCUGCUUCAGGUGUUAAACGACAUCAACUUUGAGAACAUGGGCAAUGAUGAUGCAGUGAGGGUGCUGAGGGAGAUUGUGCACAAGCCAGGGCCCAUCACUCUGACUGUGGCUAAAUGCUGGGAUCCAAACCCUCGAGGAUGCUUCACGCUGCCCAGGAGUGAGCCAAUCCGUCCCAUAGACCCUGCUGCUUGGGUGUCCCACACUGCGGCAAUGACGGGGGCGUACCCGGUGUACGGUAUGAGCCCUUCUAUGAGCACCAUCACCUCCACCAGCUCCUCCAUCACAAGCUCCAUCCCUGAGACUGAGAGGUACGAUGACUUGCAUCUGUCCAUUCACAGCGAUAUGGCCGCCAUUGCCAAGGCGAUGGCAUCUCCAGAGUCUGGGCUGGAGGUGCGAGACAGGAUGUGGCUGAAGAUUACCAUCCCGAACGCCUUCAUAGGUUCAGAUGUUGUGGACUGGCUUUACCAUCACGUGGAGGGCUUCACCGAUCGCCGCGAGGCCCGCAAAUACUCCAGCAACCUUCUGAAGGCUGGAUACAUCCGCCAUACGGUCAACAAAAUCACCUUCUCUGAGCAGUGUUACUACAUCUUUGGGGACCUCUGUGGCAACAUGGCUGGUCUGUCCCUGCAAGACCAAGAUGGUUCCAGUGGGGCCUCUGACCAGGACACACUGGCCCCCCUGCCUCACCCGGGAGCUGCACCCUGGCCCUUGGCCUUCCCCUACCAGUAUCCCAUUCCACACCCCUACAACCCCCACCCUCUGCACGAGCCACCGCACAUUGGAGAGGGGGGCAGCGGGGGUAGCCAGCACAGCGAAGGGAGUCGUAGCAGUGGGUCAAACCGUAGCGGCAGCAAGAAGGAGGCUGCAGGGGGCGCCGGCGGGGCAGAGUCCAAGUCGGCCGGCAGUGGCAGCGACCAAGAGCAGAGGCGGGAGAAAGCCACUAAUGAACACUCUGAGGCGCCCCCUAGUGAGCACAGUGUGCGCAGCAUCCACAGCCACUGCAGCUCCCAUAGUGUCCACAGUACCCAUUCCAACAGCCCGGUGUGUGGAGAGCCUGGCCUGCCCCCAGAGCCAGAGCCACAACUGCUUCCUACAGCUCCCCCCGGAUCCUCGCCGGGCCGUGACAUGGCUUCUGUGCCCCCUGAACUCACCGCUUCUCGCCAGUCCUUCCGCAUUGCCAUGGGCAACCCCAGCGAAUUCUUUGUUGAUGUUAUGUAAUGUGCGAUGGGAGUCAGUUGAUCAAGAGAAGGGUUCCUUUGCUGGAGAGGUUGAUGAGGAUGGAAAAGGUAAAUGGAGAGCAAGUGGGGCGUGGCUGUGUAAAGAACAUUGAUGUCCAUCUCCCCGUACCCCUGUAGCUGUUCUGUGUCUCAUACUUUCUUCAGUGAAGAAAAUUGGAAUGGGUACAGCGCUCUCUCUCUUUAUGUUCCCUAAAAAACGUUUGUUCUUUGCAACAUUUUAUAUGUGUGUGAGUGUGUGUGUGUACUGUUUCUUUUCCUCUUCUCCUUGAAGUGACCUGUGUGUCUCACUUAACUGAAACGUAUGUCUUUUUUUACCAUCACAUUCCCCCACCCCCCACCCUUAUUUAUCAAAGACACUUCAAUAAUAGACAGGAAAUUCUAAAAAAGACUGAGGAAGUCUGUGGUUAGGAGUCUGUUUUCUCUGGGAUUGCUCUCUGCUCUACAUAGUAGUAUUAAGCUGAAAACAAAACUGUUAAAUGCAUAAAGAAAAUAUAUAUGAACAGCACUAAGUCUUACAUUUACUGAUUGUCUUGUUAAAUAUACAGUUUAUUUUGAAGGAAUAUGGGGAGAGAAGCCAAAAAGAAAAGCAUAUAACUAACCUACUGUACAUCCAGACAGGAAACAUGAUUUCCUUUUGAAGUACUAAUUUUCAGAGCUGAUGGUGUCAUCAAGACGUCAUCCUCCUCGUUCAAGCUUUGAUGUACAGGCCUUAUGUUUUAAUGGUACUUCUCGCAUUCAGUGGCCCUUUGACAGGACACACUUUGUAGUUCACUCUUUAGCAGGAUAACUGCUGCCACAUCAAAAGUCUUUGUGGUCAUGGUCUUUGAUAAUGAUCUGACCGAUCGCUUAACUGGAAGAUUAAGGAUACACUCGUUAUAUGUCAUAAGCUUGACCAUGGGUAUUAGAGGACAGAGACUCACUUUAGGGAAUUAUCGGUUUUGGGAAAGGGUGGGUGUGAGCAAUGUUGACCUUGUCUCUUUCCAUCUUAUUUUUCCUAUCUCUGUGUACAUUGCAUUGUAUUAGUCCAGCAUUCUCUUUAUUUCAUAAUUAACAUCAUCAUUCUGCUAAAAUUACAGCCUUAUGUCUCAAAUCUUCUCUUUCGUUGCCAGAACACAUUUAUCUCAAAUCUUUGAUUAGAGAUUUAUUAUGUAUAGUGAUUAACAGUUAUGUUUAAUCCUUGAUAAACAGUUUUAUGAGAAACAAAUUGUUUUUAUUUAUAAACAUAGUUUUAUUGCCUAAACAUGA